CCCACGGUCUCGUCACGCGUGGAUACCCCUUUAAAAGGCUCACCAUGUUGCCAUCACAUGCUCCGGCGGCGCGCGAGUAGGAUGUAGACGUCGCUUCUUCUUCUUCUUCUUUUUCUUCUUCUUCUUCACCUUCUUCUUUCUGAACAUUAGGGGGGGGGGGGCAGGAAUCACGCGCCAGCCCGGAGACUUUUUCACAUUCGGAUUCCGGCGUAGCCUGGCUGUCUGCCGCCCGGGCUGUUGUUCCGCACGCUGGCCGCGAGAGGCUCCGUGUAGCGGCUACAAGCGAACCGAGCUGGCCGAGCUGGGCUGGCGGUUCCUGGGAUCGCUGGAAGUGGUGGAAGCGCCGUUGACCCGAGCUCCGAGUUGUUGGAGAGACGGAGUUCGAAAAAUCGAUCGAUCGAUCGAUCGGGCGAGCGGAAGAGGGCUCGUUGGAUCGGAUUAUUGGGAAGCGGUGCCCCCGGCCGGCUGGACCCUCGCGCCAAGGAGCUUGAAACGGCUGCGAGGCUCAACUCCAUCGCGGCUGCCUCCAAAAGCAUGUGAUGACCCACACCGGGCUUAAGGGUUCCCGCCGGGACCGCCACCCUCCGCGGCCACACGGCGACGCUAUGGGCGGGGACCAGGGCGAGCGUGCCCUCCGCUUUGGCCGGACAAAGAAGAUCGGCGAGGUCACCCGGCGAAGGAAAAAUGACAAAGCGAUGAAGGGCAAGAGGGCCAGUAAAGCGGAGGAAAAGAAGUGGGACAGGAAAUUGUAUCCUCUGCGAGGGAGGCUUGGAGAGGGCCUUAGCUGCCACGUCCUCCUCACGAGGUUGGAGGAAAGCAUCCGAAAGAAGGCUGAAGAGAGAUCUCCCAAAGACAAGUCCAGGAAAGGGAAGCAAGCCGAGGCCAAGUUAGCAUCUAAAGUCAAAUCAAUGUUUUCAAGCACUCACAUUUCGCAACCCCGCAAGCGACGCCUGGCCUCCCUCAACGCCGAGGCCGUCAAUAGUCUGCUCCUGGAAAGAGCCACCGACUUCCAACUGGCAGCCAAGUUGGCCAAAAGACACCAGGAGGAACCCGUCAAUGGAGGAGGUUCCCGGGAUGUAGCGGCACCUCCGAAGGCCUCCCGAUGGACCGUCUCUAAACCGUGCCCGUCCCGUAAAUUUGACCAAUUGUCCAAAAAGGUCAAGAAAGCCAGGAGCACCAGAGUAGACGUGAAUCGAGCCUUGAGUUUGGAGAUUCUGGAUACGCCGACGCCAAGGCGACUGGCCGGACUCAACGCUGCCGCCCUGCUGAAGUUGACCAGCUCAUCUGCUGCGUCUAAGCAGCGUGUCAAGACCGUACCUACCGCUACCACCACGUCGGACUGCAAGACUCCUGCCCUGAUCCAGACUCAAAAACAGCCCCCCAGAGUCAAACACAAAGAGUGCUUCCAAAAGCAAAAAGAGGCUCCGGUGAAGGCCUCCCUCAUGCACUGCUGCUGCAGAGCCUGCAAGGAGAAGGCCGACUUUGAGCCCAAAGUGGAGUGGGAGUCCGGCAACCACGUUCUGGCCAAACCGGGCUACCAGUCCCGGAGCAUGUUAGGCUACUCCCUCAAGAACGUGAAGGAAGAGCAGCUGGAAACUGAGCUGAGCCCCUGCUACUGCUGCCCCCCUCAGGACUCUGUGGAGUACUGCCACCGCCUGGCCUUCUUCCUGAGCCACCCCGAGUCGGGCGACCGCGGCUCCCUGGGCUCGGGCGGCACCCCCGUUAAACACGAGUGCCUGGUGACCACGCAGUCCCUGACGCACUCCCACCCGACGCUCACCCUCAGCCCCCAUCCCUGCCUGUGCUACUACGUCCACAUCGCCCCACACCCGCCGCCGGCCCACACGGCGAUGUCGGCGACACUCGCUCCACGGUCUCUGAACUUUGCACCACCCGCCUUGUGCCCCAGCCGGACGAUGGCCUCCAAGCUGCCGCCUGGCCCUCGCGUCACCCACACCUCGGGCGUGCCUCACUCGGCCUGCUGCAACUCGAUGGCGUCACCAUGUUACGGGGCCGCCUGCGGGAUGGGCGGCUACACCUGCAGAGCCAUACCCCCCGUCACCAGCAGGGGGUGCGCUUUCAGCGCAGGGUGCACCGGAUGCUCGCAUGCCAUCAAAACAGAGACGUACUCCUCUCCUCAGGGUGACCACAGCCCCUCCAUUCUGGCGCUGCCGUCCUUGCCUCUCGCCAGCUGCCCUUUAUCCAGCGUGCCCACUUCCACCCAGACUACUAACCCCCACCUGCUCACCCCACCGUCAGGGCACGAGCAGCAUCAGCAGCAACGGCCGCCACCCCGGGCACGGCUAAAAGCGGCCGCCGACCUCCCGUCCGGCGCCUCCGACGGAGACCCAAGCUCCGGGCCUCGGUCACCUCAGCAAAAGAGAAUCAGCCGCAGACGUGCCACCAACGGAUGGCGGCCUGUGGGGGUCCCCACGGAGAAAGAGGUUUUCAUCGCGGGGGAGGACGAGACGGCACCCAGGCAGUGCUACGAGGGCGUGGAGAGAGACGGCGAGGUGAUCCGCGUUCGAGACACGGUGCUGCUGCGCUCGGGCCCCAGGAAGAAGUCCCUGCCUUACGUGGCCAAGAUAUCAGCGCUGUGGGAGGAUCCCAAAACCGGGGAGCUGAUGAUGAGUCUUUUCUGGUACUACCGACCGGAGCACACGCAGGGAGGCCGAGACCCCAGCACACACUGCGAGAACGAGAUCUUUGCCUCUCGACAUCAGGACGAGAACAGCGUGGCCUGCAUUGAAGACAGAUGCUAUGUUCUCCCGCUAGCCCAGUACUGCAGAUAUUGUGCCUUGAUGAAGCGUCGUUCCGAAGGUGCCCUACCCGACGGCAGCGUGGUGCCCCGCUGUCCGGACUUUGCCCCGCCCUCCCACCGCUGUGUGCCCACAGACGUGGACCCCGAGCUGGUCUACGUCUGCCGCCACGUCUACGACUUCCGCUACGGACGCCUCCUGAAGAACCUGCAGUAGAAGUGGGAUGCGGCAGCAAUCUUGUCUUUCCUGCGGUAUUGUCAUUACUAGGCAUGGGUCGGUAUCGGAUUUUCACGUUAUGAUAACCAUGAGCAAAAAUCUCGUGCUUUCAUGGUAUUGCAAUUACACCUCUAAGAUGUAUCAUUUUGAAAUGUUUGGGGAAAUAACAUUUUUCCAUUGAACGUGCUCCGUAGGUGCAUUAGUAAAUAUAACAAGAAAAGAAACUAUUGAAUUUCUCAGCGAGCGAGUAGCUACUUCUCUGCUCUUUACAGCUCUGUGAAGUUAUGUCAGCGUGGAAACUAACUGAUAUGUUAGCCAAAAAAAAAAAAAAAACAGCUCAAACCGCUGAUGGAAAGAGUAAGUAGUUCUGACUUAUUUUAAAACCAUGGUAUACCUUGAACCGGGUAACUGGCCCAUGCCUCGUCAUUACAGAUGUUGAGACGAAAGCAACAAAAACUCUGUGCGGCGGGAACAUUUACAUUAUAGCGACAUCGCUUACGCCGGCGUUGCGUACGGUGGUGACAUUGCGACCAUGUUGCGGUAACAUUGCCGUUGCGCGCGGCAGCGAUGAUGCUGCGACGUUGCCGACGUAGGCGUCGGGGUGACAUUGCCGACGUUGAUGUCGUUGCGGCGACAUUGCUGACGUUGGUGGCAGUGACCUUGUCGUUACUGCGACAUUCCCAACUUUGGCGAUGCAGCGAAAGAAUUGAUGUCGCACUGUUGAGGCACUCAUGAAUGAAUCAUGCCGUCACCGCUGGGGGUAAGGAAGCGACAAGUGAUGCUAAUUCUAAGGCCCUGUGACUGACAGGAGCUCAACAAAAUAGAAUUUUCAAUUUGCAGCAAGUAGCAAGUGGCCCAAAAGUUUUUUUUCACCCUGGUCAACCCCCCAAAGGAAUGAUGAUGAUGUGUGGAAAAAGCAAAGCACAGAGGUUACAGUCAAGUCGUUGUACAACGUCUCGGUCAGCUCGCUUGUAUUUUCUGCUUCCAUCGAAUCAGACGCCCCCCCCUUGCCUGCCAGGCAUGCUGAGCACCAGGCCGAUUUGGGCGACUGUCUAUCGCAUGUCUCCCCCCCAAAGCACCUUAGCACCGUGUUUGUUCCGUUUGUAAGCCAGUGGCGUAGGUUCCAACACUGAACCUCUUCUGAAGGAGUAGCUAAUGGACAGUCCUGUGUGUGUGUGUGUGUGUGUGUUGUCAGUGUGGACAAAUGUGGGAAUGUGUGGAAGUUUUUUUUUUUUCGUUCCAGAGAGGCUUUCAGGCAAUCAAACCAAACAAAAGCAGUUUUUUACAUGAAGCCAAUCCCUCGGCGCCGCUCACUCUGUCUGACGGUUGUUUUUAAUCGUUUUUUUCCUCCUCUUCUCUCUGAAUGUUUACCCACACAAUCUUCAUGUCAGACCAAAGUCCACACAAGAUGUCUCACUAACUUCAGAUAGCAUCUCCUGGGUGUCUUUUUGUUGUUGUUGUUUUUUUUGUUUUUCCCCACAAAAGGGUCCAACAGUGAAAGAGCUUAGUCAUGCAGUUUUUCGCAACCUUUAUUGAGCCAAUGCACAUAUUUUAAUGACAAAAAUCUCACGGCACACCACCAAACAGUACUUAAAUAAUGAUGAUGUCUGAUUGACUUAACAGAUUGAUUGGCAGUUGAACACAAAGCUACUAUUCAGUUGUGUGAAUGUGUGAAAUUUACCUUCUGCUAUCUAGUAGAAGAGCAUCAUUAUAUUGAAUCUUUCUGCCUGCCACUGUACAGUACGUCACUGACCUAGAUGAACAACAAUAAAUUAUUUGUUGUAAAUAAAUAAUCAUUUGCGGAGCAGUCAAAUGAAAUUGAAUAAUUUCCUACGGCUGUGCAGUAAGUGCAAAGUUGAAUGAACUAGACCUUGAAACACAAGCCAGAUUUUCCGUUUCAAAAUACAUUGUUUGAUUUUUUUUUUUUUUUUUAAAUAUAUAUAUAAAUAUAUGGCGGCACGGUGGCCGACUGGUUAGAGCGUCAGCCUCACAUUUCUGAGGACCCGGGUUCAAUCCCCGGCCCCGCCUGUGUGGAAUUUGCAUGUUCUCCCCGUGCCUGCGUGGGUUUUCUCCGGGCACUCCGGUUUCUUCCCACAUCCCAAAAACAUGCAUGAAUUGGAGACUCUAAAUUGCCCGUAGGUGUGCAUGUGAGUGCGAAUGGUUUUCUGUUUGUAUGUGCCCUGCGAUUGGCUGGCAACCAGUUCAGGGCGUACCCCGCCUCCUGCCCGAUGACAGCUGGGAUAGGCUCCGGCACGCCCGCGACCCGAGUGAGGAGAAGCGGCUCAGAAAAUGGAUGGAUGGAUGGAUGGAUAUAAAUAUAUAUAUUUAAUAUAAUACGAAGUGAUAAAUCCAGCGUCAAAUUUGACGUUGAAAAACUUUGCUGCCGAUGAUUCGAUUGCUUUGGUCUGAACGCCCUACCGUCUUCUAGCUUUAGCAUCUGGUUCGAAAGCCUUGUUAAAAUUGCACUAAACCGUUCCUAAAAAACAUUUUGUAGUAGGGCAGGAAGAGGGACGUCGUAAAGAUGUCUGCUUUUGUUACAAUUGUACCACUGCUCCAAUGGGUCGUAUAUGACUGAAGCCAUUCCUUAUGAAAAUAUAGUACUUAGUAUUUUAAGCCAUUGUUGUGCGUUGGAGUGAGCAUGAAUCUGGCCCCAAUCAGAUCCUGAUCAUGUGUCGUAUUGAUCCUUAUGAAGCCCUAAUUAAGUCAGAAUAUUUGAAGUUACUUUCCUAUUAUGGCACAUGCAAUAUAUUUUUAGAUAACUAGUUUAUCCUCUCUGGGCUGUAAAGCAACUGAACAAUUGUAUUUAAUUUCAUUGACAUUUUCUGUUAAAUUAACAUUAUAAAAAAAAAAACUUUAGUGUACAUAUUUAAUCCAAGCACUGUUUGAAUAGACACAUAGUGUAGUAUUUUUGUAAGAUCUGUAUUAAUUCUAUUUAUGGUAAGGAUAUUUAAAUGGAGUCAAGUGUAUAAUAUACUUAAAGGGUCAAUUUAACUUAUUGGGGGCAUGCUUUGUGGAAUUGAUGAUCUGCUUUGAUGGAUGGAAAUUAUUUUUUAAUGUAUACAAUAAAGCGAAAACAUUUUGGGUUUUUUUUCAUUAAAAAAAAUGCAUCACGAAUAAACUAUACAACUGACAAAAUAGUCAUCAAAAUGCACUUACGGAGGUGCAGCAAGCACAAACUUCACUGAAUGAAAUUUACGACAAACGAUGCACAUCGGUCAUGAUCACUAUUGGAGGAAAUUUUUAAAUUCCCUUCUCAGGGGGGAAUUUUUUUAUUUAUUUUUUAUUUUUUUUCUUCCAAUAAACUCUUCCACUAGAAUUGUCAUACCAACCCACACGCUCUCAUUUCACAGCCUUCGUCUUGUAACUGAGGAUGAGAGAUGAGAUGUUUCUUUUUUUUCUUUUUUGUCAUGUCACACAGGAAGUGUUGGGAGUCAAAAUGAAAGCAUACUGCGGUCCGCACCGAUGCUUCUCGUGGACGUUUAUUUUGAUAUAUUUGGAAAAAGCGUUGGUGCGGAAGGGAUAUAAAAAUGAAGAACAAUGAAAAAAUGUUUAGAUAUUUUUGCAGUAGAGCUGUGUCUAUCAGAUAUUGUCACUUUUUUUUAGAUCCCCGAAAGAUCU